CUUUUCAUAGAGAGGACCAUACCAGGAAGCCAUCUCUACUCUCUGCAUUGUGGAAUACAUUUAAGUCUUCCCUGAUUCAAGUUGCUUUGUUCAAAAUGUUUGCUGAUAUUUUGUCCUUCACUAGCCCAAUCAUAAUGAAGCAAAUGAUCAUUUUCUGUGAAAACACCCCAGAUUCCAACUGGACUGGUUAUGGUUAUGCAGUUGCACUUUUUGCUGUAGCCUUUUCCCAAACCUUGAUCCUUCAGCAGUAUCAACGUUUUAGCUUGCUCACCUCAGCAAAAAUAAAAACAGCUGUAACUGGACUGAUCUACAAAAAGGCCCUACAUUUAUCAAAUGUUUCUCACAAAAAGUUUUCCACUGGGGAAAUCAUCAACUUGAUGUCAGCAGAUGCCCAGCAGCUCAUGGACUUGACAGCCAACCUCAGUGUCCUCUGGUCAGCCCCUUUCCAAAUCCUGAUGGCCGUCUUUCUUCUUUGGCAAGAACUGGGUCCUGCAGUGUUAGCAGGAGUGGCAGUCCUUUUUCUUGUAUUACCAAUAAAUGCUUUUGUUGCCAUUAGAAUAAAAAAGCUGAAGGUAAGAAAAUCACUGCCUCCUGUUAUGUGUGCUGAACAGAAGCUGAUUCCCAAAAUUCAGUUGUCAAAUAUUCAUUGUCUGACUUCUUUACAGAUUCUCAAACUUUAUGCAUGGGAACCUGCCUAUAAAAAUAAGAUUAUUAAAAUUCGAGAUCAGGAAUUGGAGUUUCAAAAAUCAUCUACAUAUCUUUCUAUAUGUUCUAUGCUGAUGUUAACUUGCAUUCCAUUUUUGGUGUCUCUGGCCACCUUUGGUGUAUAUUUCUCACUGGAUGAAGGAAACAUUUUAACAGCCACUAAAGCAUUCACAUCUAUGUCUUUGUUUAAUAUUCUGAGGAUUCCUCUUUUUGAUUUACCAACAGUGAUCUCAGCUGUGGUUCAGACAAGGAUAUCAUUGUGUCGUUUGGAAGACUUUCUCAACUCUGAGGAGCUUUCUCUUCGAAAUAUUGAAACAAACUACACAGGAGAUCAUGCCAUUGGGUUUACUAAUGCCUCUUUCUCCUGGGAUAAAACAGGGAUUCCAGUACUAAAAGACUUGAACAUGAAGAUUCCUGAAGGAGCUUUCGUGGCAAUUGUAGGGCAGGUUGGGUCUGGGAAGUCCUCUGUGCUGUCUGCCAUCCUGGGGGAAAUGCAGAAGCUUACAGGAGUCGUCCAGAGAAAGGGCUCUGUGGCGUAUGUUUCCCAGCAGGCCUGGAUUCAGAAUUGCAUUUUGCAAGAAAACAUUCUCUUUGGCUCCAUCAUGCAGAAGCAGUUUUAUGAGCGAAUAUUGGAAGCCUGUGCUCUCCUUCCUGACUUGGAGCAGUUACCAAACGGAGAUCAAACUGAGAUUGGAGAAAGAGGUGUGAAUAUAAGUGGAGGUCAGAAGCAACGAGUAAGUCUGGCCAGAGCUGUCUACAGUGGGGCUGACAUCUACCUCCUGGAUGAUCCCUUGUCUGCUGUGGAUGUUCAUGUCGGAAAACAGCUCUUUGAAAAAGUGAUAGGGUCCUCGGGCCUUUUGAAAAACAAGACUCGUAUUUUAGUCACACACAACCUCACGCUUCUGCCACACGUGGAUUUUAUUGUCGUGAUGGAAAGUGGCAGGGUAGCACAAAUGGGAACAUACCAGGAGCUGCUAUCGAAAACCCAAAACAUCCAUAAUUUGCUUCAGGUUUUCAGUGGACAAGAAGAAGCAUUUAUACACUAUAAUGAUGCGAAUGUGAAGAUAAUCUUUGGACAUGAAAAUUCCACAGUGGUCUGGGAUGAUUAUUGGUCCAGAGAUGGUGGAAGAACGAGGUGGAAAGAAUAUGGAUUUGGGGAGCUUUCUGAUACCAGAAAACCUUCAGUGGACCAUGGAAAACAGUUCUCGAUGAAAAAAGAAAAGAUCCCUGUUGGUGGGGUGAAGUUCUCAAUCAUUCUGAAGUAUCUCCAAGCCUUUGGCUGGCCCUGGGUGUGGCUGAUAGUAGCCAGUUGCCUAGGACAGAAUUUGGUGAGCAUUGGACAGAAUCUAUGGCUUAGUUCCUGGGCAAAAGAAGCAAAACACUUGAAUGAUUUCACAGAAUGGAAGCAAAUAAGAAGCAAUAAACUUAAUAUCUAUGGAUUAUUGGGAUUCAUUCAAGGUCUCUUUGUCUGCUUUGGAGCCUGUGUACUCACCAGAGGAUCCUUGUCUGCUUCUAGAACCUUAUAUGCUCAGCUCUUGAGUAAUGUGCUACACCUCCCACUCCAGUAUUUUGAAACCAAUCCCAUUGGUCAAAUCAUUAAUCGGUUCACCAAGGAUAUGUUUAUAAUUGAUAUACGUUUCCAUUACUAUUUACGGACCUGGUUGAAUUAUACACUAGAUGUUAUCGGAACAAUUUUGGUCAUCCUGGGAGCUUUCCCACUCUUCAUUCUUGGGAUUAUUCCCUUGGUUUUCUUAUAUUUCACCAUACAAAGAUACUACAUAGCCAGCUCUCGACAGAUUCGGCGGUUGUCAGGAGCUUCCCGUUCCCCUGUCAUUUCUCACUUCAGUGAGACUUUAUUGGGAGUGUCCACUAUUAGAGCAUUCGGACAUGAACAGAGGUUUAUCCAGCAAAACAGAGAGGUAGUGAAUGAGAACUUGGUCUGUUUCUACAAUAAUGUAAUUUCAAACAGGUGGCUGUCCGUUAGGCUUGAAUUUCUUGGCAACUUAAUGCUGUUCUUUACUGCUCUGCUUGCUGUGUUGGCUGGCAAUUCCAUAGAUUCAGCAAUAGUUGGUUUGUCUAUAUCCUAUGCCCUAAAUAUUACUCAAUCUCUGAAUUUUUGGGUAAGGAAGGCAUGUGAAAUUGAAACCAAUGCAGUGUCCAUUGAAAGAGUGUGUGAAUAUGAAGAUAUUGAUAAAGAGGCACCUUGGAUUAUGUCUAGAAGGCCUCCAUUACAAUGGCCCAAUAAAGGGGUAGUGGAGUUUAUUAAUUAUCAAGCUCGAUAUCGAGAUGAUCUUGGUUUGGCAUUAGAAGACAUCACUUUCCAGACUAAUGGGGAAGAGAAGAUCGGAAUUGUGGGAAGGACUGGGGCAGGUAAAUCAACACUAUCAAAUAGCUUAUUUAGAAUUGUGGAGAGAUCAGGAGGCAAAAUUAUCAUUGAUGGAAUAGACAUAUCAACAAUUGGGCUUCAUGACCUUCGUGGUAGACUCAAUAUAAUUCCACAGGAUCCUGUUUUAUUUUCUGGAACUCUUCAAAUGAACCUGGACCCCUUAGACAAUUAUUCUGAUAGUGAGCUGUGGGAGGUGUUGGAAUUGUGUCACUUAAAAGAAUUUGUGCAGUCCCUUCCCAAGAAGCUGCUGCAUGAGAUCUCAGAAGGUGGUGAAAACCUCAGUGUUGGACAGCGGCAGCUCCUUUGUCUGGCUCGUGCUUUGCUUCGGAAAACAAAAAUUCUCAUCUUGGAUGAGGCAACAGCCUCUAUUGAUUUUGAGACUGAUAACUUGGUGCAGAACACAAUCAGGAAGGAGUUUUCUGAUUGCACCAUCCUGACCAUUGCUCAUAGACUACAUUCUAUCUUUGAUUCAGACAGAGUGCUUGUUCUAGAUUCUGGAAGGAUUAUAGAAUUUGGGGCACCACAGAAUCUGAUACACCAGAAAGGACUCUUCUUUCGAAUGACAACAGAAGCUGGAAUGACACAAGACUUGGGGACAAAAGAUCAAUUACUUUAACUGGGUAUUGAUGAUACUGAAUAGAACAACUGUUCAGCAUUAGUAUUGAAAAAAUAAGGAUGGGGGAGGAAUGCUCAAAGGCAAGUUCCUGACUGUGAGUUGGCACAUACACUAACAGACGCCCCAAUUUCUCACCAUCAGGCACUGCAUUCAGGCUUCUCACUUUGUUCAUGCCUGCUUUCUCUGCAUUUCCCCAUGGGCUAAGUAUCUCAGGAGUAACUUCCUUAGUGCAGGACCACUCAUCUUCAUUUGCCUUCCAGUCUGAUCUGAGUGCCCCUCAUCUGUGCCCUUACUUACCUCUUGUGCAUAUCUUUAUCAUGGUAGUGGUGGGCUCUACUCUACUUCUUGUCUGUCCCCUUUUAAAAAAAGCUACUUGAGGCAGGUGCUCAGUUUUAUUCUUCUUUAUAUGAUAGGUCCUAGCAUAGACCCUUUCAUAUUGCUCAAGCCCAGCAAAUGUUUUUAUAGAAUAAUGAACUUGGGUAUUAGAGUAUGUAUAUGUGUGUGUUGAAUUAUUGUAUAGUUUAUAAAAUGAUGGAGGAAUCAAAGAAAAGUUGAGCUGCUUUUAGGUUUAAAGAAAGGGCAAUUUUUUGAUAAUUAUAUCUUAACUGAAUUUUAUGGUCUGAUUUAUUUGAAAACAUUUUGUAGAAUUUUUACUAUUUGCCUAAAAAAUAUCUAUUUUCUAUGGAAUAUCUGGAUCAACCUCAGAAAGAUAUUUAUCAGCUGGUAUACAUUUGUGAUAAUAUUGUUGACUUAUAGUACAAAUCAUAUUUUGAAGGAAUUUUUAAUUCAGAUUUUUGGAAUAAAAUCAACAUUGUGUCUGAAUUGCCCUUCAGAUUUGAAGUGAUCAAACUUCAGUGGCAUUUUCAACAUGAUUUUAAACAAUUAUUUAACAUGUUUGCUAAGGCCAUCAACCAUUUCUUUGUCUUCCCCUUUUUCCUUUCUAUGCAACCCUAUAUAUAUAUAUUUGCUUCAUUUCCUAAGGGUAUUUAUGAAAAAAUUGCCUUAAUCUAUAAAACUAAAUAUUAACUAAAUCUCCUUCUAAUAGAAUGUAAGAUAUUUGAAAUAUUGUCCUGGCUUUACAAUCCUUGAUGUAAUUUAUAAAUGCUGAAUAAAUAUUUAUUUAGAAUCCAUUAAGGGCAUUUCAGAAAUACCGUUAAAACUUGUUUUAGCUUUUGUUUUAGUUCAUUAUGUAUUGCUUUAACAGAAUAUCACACACUGGGUAAAUUACAAAGAACAGAAAUUUAUUUAGGUUAUAGUUCUGGAAACUCCAAUAUUGAGGGUUCAUAUCUGGCAAAGGCCCUCUUGCUCUACCAUUUCAUUGUAGAAGACUUUAAAAGAGAAGAGAUAGAGUCAGAAAAGGGAAGUAGGCUGAAAUCAUGUUUUCAUUAGGACUCACUCCUGUGAUAAUGGUACUGAUCCAUUCAUGAGGGCAGAACCCUCAUGAGUGAAUCACCCUUAAAAGUCUCAACCUCUCAACACUGUUGAUUGGGAUUUUUUCCAUCCUAUGAACUUUGGGGGACAAAUUCAUACCAUAGUGCCUCUCUUUUUUAAAUAUAUUUUAUUGUAGAUGGACAACCUUUAUUUAUCUAUUUUUUUUAUUAGGUGCUGAGGAUCAAACACAGUACCUCACACAUGCCAGGCAGAUGCUCUACCACUGAGCCACAACCCUAGCCCCAUAGUGCCUCUCUUUUCCUAUAGUUUUAAUAAAUCAGAGAAGCUGCACAAUUUAAAAAUCUAAGGUGACAUCAACAGUAGCCUGCAUAAAUGGCGGAACUUUGUGUAGUCAUGGGAUGAAUGUAUGACAGCCGCAGAUACGAUGGAUCUCACAAACAUAAUGCUGAAUCAAUGAGGCUAGGUACAAAGAAAUAACAUUGUAUGGUUCUAUGAUUCUAUUUAUGUUAAAGUUAAAAUCAAAACCAAAAAAAUUAAUCUAUAAUAUUGAAAUUUUGGAUAUUAGUUAUCCUUGGUGUGUGUGUGUUUGAGGGGGUAGUGAUGGAGUCUGUAAAGUAAGCUCCUGGGAUAAUAGCUGUAUUCUGUUUUUUAAUCUGAGUAUUGGUUCAGUAUUAUUAUAUAUUGUUACAUAUGAUAUUUAAGAGUUAAACAAAACUAAAAUUAUUAAAAAUGACUAAUAGUCAAAAUUAUUCAAA